AUGCCGAACAACGAUGAUGACAAUGAUAGCAGAACUGAACCUCAGGAUCAAGAAGUGGAAACCAACAUCUCAGUGGUUGUUGGCUAUGCAUUCGGUCCGAAGAAAAUGAAAUCGAUGGGAUUUGUCAUGGCGGAAGCGUCCCGUGCUGAAUUUGUCAUGGUGGAAGCACCCCGUGCUGAAGUAAUUUCAGAAGAAGACGAUAGCUGUGAUGAACAUCAACAUUUUCAGUGCCUCGUAGCACCCCAGACUGUCUUCCCAGUACUUGGGAUCGAGAAAAGUAUCCAGUCAAGCCUUACCACUGAAUCUCUGCGAUGUUUGGAGAAAGCGAGCAAAAAAAGUUCAAAUCUAAAAGGAUUCUUGAGGCAUUUCUGGUCGACUUGUUCUUCGAACGGUGGCUCCGUCACCGAAACUGCUUCUUCUACACCGACGACAUGUGCACCAAUAGCUUCAAGACCGAGGCUAUCGAUUCAAAUAUCCUUUGUCCCGUUGGACCCCAAUUCUCCUUUUGAAGACCAAUGCGGGCGGGACCUCGACCUAAUACUUCACAAACUCACUGAAGACAUCCUGAGUUGCACGCUUGGAAACUGCGAUCCUUUAGCACGUGCAAGAGUGGAAAGACUUUCUCAGUAUCAGAGGAAUCAUCCAAAUUGCUGCAUGCUUGAUGACCCGAAAAAUGUAAUGACUUUGAUGAGUCGAUCGGACAUUGCUAUGAGACUUCAUAUUUGUUUGAAGGGCGUCACAACUGCAAAUGGAAUUGUGGUGCAUGCUCCAAAGUAUAUUGUCAUUAAGGAAGAUACUUCACAGCUACGCAAGCAGCUCAGUAGCGCUGGUCUCACACUCCCGCUAAUUGUCAAACCUCUUGUAGCUGCAGGCACGAAGCAAUCUCACCACAUGACAAUUGCAGUAAAAGAAUCUGCCAUCCUAAAUGGAAUACCAUCCAAUUCUUUGAUUCAGGAAUACGUCAAUCACAACCAAAAAUUAUACAAGGUUUACGUGAUGGGAACGAGGGUACAUGUUUACGAACGAGCAUCCCUCCCAAACUUGCCGGCAGAUGUGGCUGAAAAAGCAUCCACAGACCUCGUAAAGUUUGAUUCUCAGCACCCUUAUCCUCAGUUGAAGGAUUUUGGCAUCUCAUCUUGCAAUAAAUCACCAAUGACUAGAUUAAUGCCAGUCACACCAGAUGAAGUUAUGCCGCUUGUUGUUUCUUUGAAACGGGCUUUCGGAUUAGAGCUUUUUGGAUUCGACAUCCUUAUAUCCAGUGACCAUAACGAGUGGCUGGUAGUUGAUGUGAAUUACUUUCCUUCCUACAAAGAAGUACCUGAUUUUCCACAACAACUCGCAAACUAUCUCGCGCAACGUGUUUUGAGACAACGUUGUCAGAACAUGGAAUCCUCUUAUAACUGA